CUCUCCACCACCGCGCGCACGACUUCGACUCACCACACUUGCACCAAUUCAUCAAGCUAAUUCAGUCGCCGCACGUAUCAACGCCUGAACGCAAUCUCCUCACCAUGGCCGCGCCCAACGGCGACUCCGCCGCGCCCGCCGACGACGACCUCGCCCACAAAGUCCCAGCCGGCACCGUCCUUCCCCCCAAAGUUGUGCGCAGCAAGAUCGAAAAAGUCGCUUCAUACGUCGCCCGCGCCGGCGAGAAAUUCGAAGACUCGGUCCGACAAAAGAAUGCCGGCACAAACCAGACCACUUUCCUCGAACCGGACGAUCCAUACUUCCCUUACUACAAAUGGCGCGUGGGCGAGAUAAAAGCUGGUCGAGGUCACGAUCCGGAUAAUAAUGCUGCGGCGAAGACGGAGGUCACAUUCCAGGGACGAGAGUCGAGGGCGCCGAAGCCGCCAGCGGAGUUCAAGUUCAGCGCGCGCAUGCCGAAUAUUUCGGCGCAGGAUUUGGAGAUUGUCAAGGUGACGGCGCUGUAUGCGGCGAAGAACGGGAGGAGUUGGGUCACGGCGUUGAGUCAACGGGAAGGAGGCAAUUAUCAAUUUGAUUUCUUGAGGCCACAGCAUUCGUUGAAUAUGUUCUAUACGAAGCUGGUGGAUCAGUACAAAGACUUGUUGGAAGGGGAGACGGCGGAUGGUGGGAAGCCGCAGAGAGAGAGGAUUGCGGAUCUGGAGGCGAAUGUCGGCGACCGAUUUCGCAUGCUGGAGAGGGCGAAGAAGAGGGCCGAGUGGUUGAAGUGGCAGGAGAAGCAGAAAGUCGAGACGGAGCAGAAGGAGGAGAAGGACCGCAUUGCGUUUGCGGAGAUUGAUUGGCAUGACUUCACGGUCGUGGCUACGGUUGUGUUUGACGAGAGGGACGAGCAGGCGGAUAUGCCGGCGCCGAAGACGCUGAACGACAUGCUCUCACUAAGUCUGGAAGAGAAGGCGAAUAUGCGGGUGGGAGUUGACAAGCGACUCGAGGAGGCAGUGCCGGACUUCACUGACUACGAGGCGAUUUAUGGACAUGCACAGCCUAUGCCUGCUGCACAGAUGCCCGCGCCUCAGCAGCAGUACACACCGCAGCCCACACCACCCCAAGCAACGCCAUAUAUCCCACCACAAGCGCCCACCCUUGCAGCAGAGCGAGAAAACGCUCGCGCUGCCACAAAAUCCGCUCAACCCACCACCCGCAUCCGCAACGACUACAUCCCGCAAGCGCAACUUCGCGCACAACGCAACCCCGCCAACACCUCGAUCUGCCCCAACUGCAACCUCGCCUUCCCCAACGACGAGAUGGCCGAACACAUGCGGAUUGAAAUGCUGGAUCCACAAUGGAGAGAGCAAAGCAGGAAAGACCAGAUGAGGAGUUCGACGACGAAUCUGAGCACGAGUGAUGUGGCCACGAAUCUGAAGAGGCUGGCGAGUCAGAGGAGCGAUGUCUUCGAUCCGGCCGUAAGUGCUCACGGCGUGCAGAAUGGGAAUGAGAGAGGAGCCAAGAGGGUUGAGGUUGAGAAAGGAGUCGGUCAUCAAGCGCCGCCUGGGACGGACGUGAAGGAGCAGAUAAGGAGUUUGCACGAAAAGUAUAAGAAGUGA